AUGACAACGAACAAUACUUCAAAGCGUACGAUCCCACUAGGUUCGACUAUCCUUGUCACCGGUGGGAAUGGACUCAUCGCCUCACAUGUAGUCGACCAGCUUCUAGGUGCCGGAUAUCGCGUUCGUGCGACGGUCAGAAACCCUUCGAAAUGCGCAUGGAUGGAGCCACUGUAUACCAAGCGCCAUGGCAAUGGCCGUUUUGACCUGGUCCAGGUAGCUGACCUCACCUCGCCCGACGCCUGGCACAUUGCCGUGAAAGGUGUCGCUGGAAUCGCCCACGUCGCCGGUCCAGUAGACUUGAUGGUGCAAGACUUUGAGGCUGCCUUAAAGGAGGAGCUGCCGAUAUACACCAACUUGCUCAAAGCUGCAAAAAAUGAAAAGUCCGUCAAGUCUUUCGUCCUCACUUCGUCCGCCUGGGCGGCGUUCACUCCAGAUACAAGCAAAAAGCUCAAGCUCACGGAAUGGACUUGGAACGAAGACGCCAUUGAACUUGCAAAGAGCGAUGCAUCACCUCAAGAGAAGGGUAUUUCCAACUUUAUGGCAUUAAAGGUCCGGCUGGAGCAGGAGGCUUGGAACUGGGUCAAGGAGGAGAAGCCGGAGUUCACCUUCAAUUCCGUCCUGCCGGACACGGUUAUGGGCGAGUGUCUAGACCCUAUCAACCAGGGCAUUCCUAGCACAGCGGGUAUGGUCCACUGGGUGUGGACUGGUGAGAAUCGACAUAUUCUAGAGGCCGUGGAGCCCCAGUGGCACAUCGAUGCCAAUGAUACAGGUCUUCUGUAUGUGGCUGCGCUAACAACACCGCAUGUGAAUGGCGAGAGACUGUAUGGGUUCGGAGACCGAUUUAGCUGGUCCCAGGUCAGAGAGAUUCUGUCACGGCUGUACCCGGACAAAGAGAUUCCGCCGAUCAAGGAGUCGGGUGUCGACCAAACUGAGGUACCCAAUCAGCGAGGGGCGGAACUUUUAAGAGGAUUGGGCCGAAAGGGUUGGACAAAUUUAGAAGAGAGCGUCAAAGCCAAUGCAUUGAGCUUUCUGCAGCUGGAGGCUGCGAAGGCAUAA